GAAAAAUGGCGACGGGUAGAGUGGCUUAGGUCGUGUCUGUGGCUUUUCAUCUCACUAUUCACGUAGCUAAGUUCAUCCACGUUCCUGCUUAGUAGGCUUGAUUUUAUGUUCAUCAUGGCCGUUUCUGUUUACUUAACUUCUCAUACGUUUCUCUUGUAAUGCUGGCGUAAAAGAACGGCACUUAAAGGGCUACCAUCCGCUAUUUUGGUCCUGAUAUAGAGCAAAAAACCCUAAAGUCUGUGAGUAGUGACCCUCUUUCCUUUAGUGCUCAUUUCUCUUCCUUGUCACACGCAUGUGCCGCUUAAGCUCUUGGAAUGGGCUAGUGCUCCUUCUCUGUAACUGUGAAUAUGUGUAAAGAAGGACAACACAGGUGAGAAAAAAAGGAAGAUUCUUCAAUUACCGAACGAGUCGGGGCUGACAGAGAAUGUCUUUAUUUAAAGCCCGGGAGUGGUGGUCUACAAUAGUUGGCAAUAAAGAAGAAUUUGACCAAGGAUGCUUAUGUGUUGCAAAUGUUGACAAUAGCAGCAGUGCACAAGAUAAAAUCAUUGUGGGCAGUUAUAUGGGAUUUCUUAGAAUCUACAAUCCCCAUCCUAUAAAACCUGGAGAUGCUAUGCAAGCUGAAGAUUUGCUCUUGGAAGUGCAAUUACCUGAGCCAAUAUUGCAAGUGGAAGUAGGAAAAUUUGUUUCUGGCACAGAAUUGCUUCAUCUUGCUGUAUUGCAUUGCAAAAAAUUGUGCAUCUAUGCUGUCUCAGGAAGCUUAGGAAACAUUGAACAUGGCAACCAAUACCAGCUAAAACGUAUGUAUGAACACAAUCUUCAGCGAACAGCAUAUAACAUGACACAUGGACCAUUUGGAGGUAUAAAAGUACGAUCCUGUUUCAUGUAGAGGGUAAAGGCACCAGGCUAGAAACUGAGAGACCAUGAGUUCUAA